AUGGCAGACCAAGCAAAGACAGACAUGAAGCACAUCCUGCAGCUGACGAAGGAAGCGCGUCGAAUCUUUCUCAACUCGUUCGACACCCUCAUGUCGGAUUGUGACGGUGUGCUGUGGAACUUUACCGGUCCCAUACCCGGGGUGGACAAAGCGCUACAGCUGCUGCGUGCCGACGGGAAGAAGCUGGCCUUCAUCUCCAACAACGGCAUGCGUACGAUGGAGGAGUAUCAGAAAAAGUUUCACUCGCUCGGUAUUGACGCACUCGAGGAGGAAAUAGUUCAUCCGGCCCUGACCACGGUUCAUUAUCUGAAAUCGAUCCACAUGCGGGAUGCUGUCUACUGCAUCGGGACCGAAGUUUUCAAGGAUUACCUACGGAGGGCGGGCUUCAAAGUUCUGGAUGGACCUAAGGAGCGGUUCCCGGACACCCGCGAGGCGAACCAGGUGCGCGUGUACACGGAUUACUUUGAGCAGCCCGGUCCAAAGGUCGGUGCCGUUGUGAUCGACAUCGAUGUGAACCUUUCGCUGCAGAACCUGAUGAAGGCAAAGUGUUAUCUGGAGCGUGAUCCGAACUGUGUGUUCAUUGCCGGUGCAACCGAUUACAUUAUACCGCUCGAUUCCAGCAUGGAUGUGAUAGGGCCGGGAUACUUUAUCGAUAUCUUGGAGCGCUCGACAGGGCGGAAAGCACUGAUUCUUGGCAAACCGGGAAAGGCACUGGCGCAGGUGGUCCUAAAGCAGUUCCAAAUUACUGAUCCCAAGCGGGUUCUGUUUGUUGGUGACAUGAUGCCACAAGACAUGGGAUUCGGCACGCGGUGCGGUUUCCAGAAGCUGCUCAUGCUGAGCGGUGGCACCCCGAAGGAUGUUUUGCUAACCCAGGACGAUCCUGACCAGCUGCCGAACUAUUACGCAGACAGUUUUGCCGAUUUCAUCCAGCUGUACAAUGAAAACAUGCACGUAGAAGAAUAG